UCUCUCUCUCUCUCUCUCUCUGUUUCUUCAACAUCUAGAUUGGCGAAGUAGUUACAGCAGAUUGGAUAAAGAAAAGCCCCCACGUCGUAAAUCAUCUCUCCCCACCUUAGAAUCUGUUGCCAUGAAGCACACCACCGGCACCGGCACCGCCUCGCGUAAGAACAACAACCUCUCCAUCUUCGUCGUCGUCUUCUCCAUAUUCCUCUUCGCCGGCUUCAUGUACAACGAAGACGUCAAAUCCAUGGCCGAAUUCCCAUUCGCAACUCGCCCCAACAAUCCUCCUCCAGACAGCCGACAACAACACACCUCCAACACAAACGACAUUCAAGAAAACAACCCAAUCCUCGCAGAUUCAAGAACCCAAGACGAAACAAAAGAAACCCAAGAACUUUCAGAGCGUACAGUAAUGGUUGUGAAAGAAGGCGAAGAUCAGGAAAUCCAACAUCCUAUCUUUAAAGACGUUAUCGAAGAAACCCAUGAUGAUGAUGAAGAUGAUGAUGUGGAUGAAACCAACAUCGAAAUACCACCGAAAGAUUGUGAUCUCUUUACAGGAGAUUGGGUUUUUGACAAUGUAUCUCACCCUAUCUACAAAGAGGAUGAUUGUGAGUUCCUCACAGCUCAAGUUACUUGCAUUCGUAACGGUCGGAAAGACUCUCUCUAUCAGUACUGGAAAUGGCAACCUCGUGACUGUUCGUUGCCUAAGUUCAAUGCAAGGUUGUUGCUGAAGAAGCUCAGAAACAAGCGGCUGAUGUUCGUUGGAGAUUCUUUGAACCGGAAUCAAUGGGAGUCGAUGGUCUGUCUCGUGCAAUCCGUCGUCCCUCCUGGCAAGAAGAGCUUGAACAAGAACGGCUCUCUUUCUGUCUUCCGAGUUGAGGAAUAUAAUGCUACUGUGGAGUUUUACUGGGCCCCAUUUCUCGUCGAAUCCAACUCCGAUGAUCCAACGAUGCAUAGCAUUCUCGAUCGGAUUAUCAUGCCGGAGUCGAUCAAGAAGCAUGGCAAGAAUUGGAAGGGAGUAGAUUUCUUGAUCUUUAAUACUUACAUAUGGUGGAUGAACACUCCCAAGAUGAAAGUGUUGCGUGGAUCGUUUGAUGAUGGGGCGACGGAUUACGAUGAGAUCGAGCGGCCCAUUGCAUAUAAUAGAGUUCUAAGGACAUGGGCUAAAUGGGUAGACCGAAAUAUCAAUCCAAACCAUACAAUGACCUUCUUCAUCAGCGCAUCUCCUCUCCAUAUCAAGAGUCUGGAUUGGAACAAUCCAAACGGCAUCAAGUGUGCAUUGGAGACCACUCCGGUGCUGAACAUGUCGUCUCGGUUGGAGGUGGGCACGGACCGGCGGGUCUUCGUCGUGGCGGCCAAUGUGACCCAGUCGAUGAAGGUCCCGGUCCACUUCCUCAACAUCACCACACUCUCUGAGUACCGCAAGGACGCGCACACAUCCGUCUACACCAUCCGCCAGGGCAAGAUGCUCGACGAUAAGCAGAAGGCGGACCCCGCCAACUUCGCUGAUUGCAUCCAUUGGUGUCUCCCAGGCCUACCAGACAUAUGGAACGAAUUCCUUUACACGCGCAUCAUAUCACAAACGACGUAGCAGAGCCGUCGCCAAUGCGAAAAUCACAGUCCCUAGUCAUUCACAAUUUUCAUUUUGGUUUUUGAUAUAUUAUUUUUUGUUC